CUUGCCACUCGAAUCAUCCUGAGAAGUCGAGAGGAUACUCUUCCAAUCGAUUCGUAAGCUUCUCAACCAUCAAGAUAAAGAUGUCUCAGCAAGAUCUUCAAAACGGGAGUCCAGAAGUUAAAGAGCCUGCUCUCAAGGUUCAGAGGAUCGACCAAAAUGGCGUUUCUGAAGUUUUCCACGACAUCCCUCUUUUGAGGGUGAAGAGGCUAUCGGAAAAAGCUGUUUUGCCUUCAAGGGCAUCGCCUCUCUCAGCAGGCUACGAUCUCUCUAGUGCGGCAGAGACUAAAGUCCCACCGAAGGGGAAAGCCCUGGUUCCGACUGAUCUGAGCAUCAGCAUACCCGAAGGGACAUACGCCCGUAUCGCACCACGAUCGGGUCUGGCGUGGAAACAUUCAAUUGAUGUGGGGGCUGGUGUGAUAGACGCCGAUUAUAGAGGUCCUGUUGGGGUGAUUCUUUUCAACCAUUCCGAUUUCGAUUUUCAAGUAAAGCCCGGUGAUCGGAUUGCCCAGUUGAUCAUUCAGAAGAUAAUGACGCCAGAAGUUUUGGAGGUUGAAGAUUUGGAUUCAACUGUAAGGGGCGCUGGGGGAUUUGGGUCUACGGGUGUUUGAUCUAUUGCUUUUGUUUGUUCUUAAAAGGAGUGUUCUGCCGUAUAUUCUCUCAAUUUUUGGUAUUCUGUGAUUCGUUGGAGAAUUAGGGCGAAUGGGUAGCGUGCUAUAUCUUACGUGACUCGAAGCGAGCACUUCCAUGAUUUA